AUGGAACCCCAGAGGCAUAUGCACAACGCCAUUGCGAAGAAGUUUGGGAUGAGCGUGUCCUUGUUGAUGACGGGUCCCCUAGGCUCGGAAGAGGGGAAGAUUGUGAUGCGAAGUGCUCACUCCAACAAUGUCGGCUCGAUGACCUCUCUCAUCUGGCCCGAGUUUGAUAAGACAGGAUUCAAGGCUGUCCAAGAUUCCAUUGUGCGCUACGGGGAAGCAGUCUUCUCUCCCGAAGAAUGCAAAAGGCGCAUCCCUCGUACGAAUGGACCAACGAUGUCGCUUGAUGGUGAUCCUUACCCACCACUGGAAGAUCCGAUGACCUUGAUAGAGGAUGGCGACGCUGGUCACAAGCUCAAUGACGGUACAAUGAAUGUUGGCCUGCCCGUUGCCCCCAGACAGCCUCAAGGGGAAUUCACGGCCCUUCUGGCCACUGAUUGGGACUGGGGAAACACGUUGAAUUGGGGUGACAAUGCGAGCCAGAAUCCAUUGCUUUGGAAUAACGCUGUACCUGCACUGUAUGGCCCAGGUCCUUCAACGAUGCCAGGCAUGCCCAUCUUGGCAAAUGGCCCGAAUGUUCCGAUGGCACCAACGAUGCCAAUAAUGCCUAUCGGAGGCAUCUCCAUCCCUGCUACGCCGGUGACAAUCCCAGCUCCUGCACCCAUCUUCUAUCAAGACCAUGGCAACAUCUCCAUUCCUGCUACGCCAACGACAAUCCCAGCUCCCGCACCAAUCGUCUCGCAGGACAAUGGUGCUACGCCGACAAUCCCAGCUCCCGCACCAAUCGUCUCGCAGGACAAUGGUGCUACGCCAACAAUCCCAGCUCCCGCACCAAUCGUCUCGCAGGACAAUGGUGCUACGCCAACGACAAUCCCAGCCCUAAUGAUCCCAGCUCCUCAGCUUCAAUUGUCACUCAAGAGCUGGGGGGGUGUCUCCAUCUCUACUCCCGCGGCACCACCAGCUACAUUAUCCCAGUCGACACCAGCCACUUGCGGAGACCACGAAGGGACCUCUAUCCCCGAUUCUUCGUCGACCACCGCCACUCCAACUCCAGUGUCAGCCCUGACAUCAGAUCCUUCACAACCUACGAUCACGCAGCCUGCAUCCACACCUCAUUCGAUGAUCACACCGGCGACAUCGACACCUGAUUUGAUGCCCAUUGCCCCGGAAGUCGACUCCACAGCGUCAGCUACAUCUGCCGCAGCGUCAUCUGCUGUAGCAUUGUCAGUACCUACUGUUCCCAUCGCCGAUCCUUCCAUCGCCUCUUCUAUGACUCCCGCCGGUCCAGCUUCAUUGGGUAAAGAAAAUGAGACACCACCUGAAAGGAAACGGAAACGGGCGAAGUCAGUCGAUACUGCUAAGAGCCAAGAACGACCGCAUCGCGCCUCAAAGCCACCUCCUCAUCUUCAAGAGGCAGGAUAUGUGCCGCCAGCCAAGGGCACCCGGAAGCCUGCAGCGCCACAGGCAGUGUCAAAAGCGACGGCAGCACUGAAAGCAAAAGCAGCAUCCAAAGCAAAUGCGGCACCCAAAGCAAAAGCGACAUCGAAGAAAAGAAAAUAG